AUGGUCAGCCUGACCACCUCCGACAACGAGCAGUUCACCGUCGAGCGCGACGUCGCCGAGCGAUCGGUUCUAAUCAAGCAGAUGCUUGAGGACAUUGGAGACAACGACCAGCCUAUUCCCUUGCCCAACGUCUCAUCCAACGUGCUCAAGAAGGUCCUCGAAUACUGCUCCCACCACCGCAGCGACCCUCCCGCACCCGCUGAUGAUGCCGAGGAAUCGCGAAGACGUACCACCGACAUCUCGGAUUGGGACGCCAAAUUCAUUCAGGUCGACCAGGAGAUGCUUUUCGAGAUCAUCCUGGCAGCAAACUACCUCGACAUCAAGCCCCUCCUUGACGUCGGCUGCAAGACUGUCGCCAACAUGAUCAAGGGCAAAACUCCCGAGGAGAUCCGAAAGCUCUUCAACAUCCAAAACGACUUCUCGCCAGAGGAGGAAGCACAGAUCCGCAAGGAGAACGAAUGGGCCGAGGACCGUUGA